ACCCCUUCUGUCCUCUAUCGUAUAUAUUCUUUCUUUCACCACUGUCAUCUUCUGCUCCACUCUGUCACCACAACUCACUCAAGCCAUUACAAGAAAAAAAAAAAAAAAAAAACUCACCCAUUAUUAGCCAUUCUUAAUUUUCUUUUUUCUCUUCAAGAGCUAUAGUGUCUCAACCAGUAGUUGGAUACUUAAUGUGAAAAUCUCUCUUAAUAAAGAGAUUGGAACAUUGGUUUAUAAUGUCUUAAGAGACUAUCCUCUUCGGCUAGACUCAAAAUCAGUUGGUUUCUUCCCAAAAAGAAAAAAGAAAAACCAUUGGCUAUCCCUUUUUAUUCAUUCAUUCAUUAAUUCAAAAUCCAGAAACCAUGAUUUACUCUAUCUCUUCGCAGAACCCAUUGGUCUGGAACAUGCCAAGACUGCACAAACAUGGCAAAAAACCAUCUCUGCCACCGAACUUAAGACCUAUUAUAAUAACUUGUUUCAGAAACCAUAACAACCCCAACAGCAACAGUGCAGUCGAUAACAGACCCACAUUCACCGCGAACACGGUGACGAGGCACGUUUUCUUUAAGGAGAAGAAGUACGAGGAGAACGAGAGGGAAGUUGUUGGCAGCAGCAACUGCAACAGACAAAUGAUGCUUUUGUGUGGGUUUGGCUAUUGGGUGCAAGGCUUCAGGUGUUUUCCGUGGCUGGCGCUGAACUUUCACAUGGCUAGCAACCUCAACUUGCACCCGUCGACAUUGCAGCUCGUGCAGAACUUGGCUAACCUACCAAUGGUGGCUAAGCCACUCUAUGGAAUACUCUCGGAUGCUAUCUAUAUUAAGGGUGCUCACAGAAUACCUUAUGUUGUCAUAGGAGGUUUUCUUCAAGUCUUUUCUUGGAGUCUUCUGGCGUUGGUCCCUGUUGCACACAAAGUGCUUCCCAACAUAAUUGUGUUUGUGCUUCUCAGCAAUAUGGGAGCAUCAAUUACAGAAGUAGCACAAGAUGCUCUUGUAGCAGAGUAUGGCAAGAAGCACAAAAUUGGUAGCCUACAGUCAUAUGCAUUCAUGGCAUUAGCUGCAGGUGGAAUCUUAGGCAACUUGAUUGGUGGUUAUCUCUUACUGAAAUUGCCUCCCAGAGCCAUGUUUUUCAUAUUUUCAUCCUUACUGUCUCUUCAACUAGCAAUUUCUUUCUCAACAAGGGAGGAGUCUUUAGGCAUAGCACAACUUUCAGGUCAAAAUCUUGCUAAGAGAUCCAUCUCAGAAAAUAUCAAAAAACAAGUCUCUAAUCUUGUCAUGGCUAUCAGUGACAAGAGCAUUUCUAAGCCCCUUAUAUGGAUUGUUGGAUCAAUUGCCAUGGUGCCAAUGCUUUCAGGCUCUAUAUUUUGCUAUCAGACACAGUGUCUAAAUCUUGAUCCUACAGUAAUUGGCUGUUCUCGAGUGAUUGGCCAGUUUGUGCUUCUUUCAGGAACCAUGCUUUAUAACCGUUAUUGGAAAAAAAUUCCACUGAGAAAGCUGAUAGGCAUGGUGCAGAUUCUAUAUGCUUCAUCUCUACUCCUUGAUUUCAUUUUGGUUAAACAAAUAAAUCUCAAAUGGGGAAUUCCCAAUGAGGUGUUUGCUCUUUGCUGUUCUGGUUUAGCAGAAGUCGUGGCACAGUUUAAGCUCCUUCCUUUCUCAGUUUUAUUUGCAAAUUUAUGUCCAAAGGGCUGUGAAGGAUCUCUAACAGCAUUCCUUGCAUCAGCUUUGUGUCUAUCAUCAAUAGCUAGUGCCUUUCUGGGUGUUGGAUUUGCCUCUUGCCUUGGCAUUACAUCCAGUGAUUACUCGGGCUUGACGUGGGGAAUUCUUGUGCAGUUCAUUGCGGCUUUAAUACCAUUAAGAUGGAUCCAUUCUUUACCAAUGUCACAAUCGGUUGAGAAGCAAAGGAAAAGAAGUAUGAGCAGAAGAGCACGCAGAAACAGAAGAGUUGGAAAAGUUGUGUUUGGUUAUGUUGAUGUCUACAGGCCUGAGAGAGAAUGAUAGUCACAUAGGUCAAGAUAAUCAGUUCCUACCUAUGCAGCUUCAAUGAUUAUGCGAGGAUAAAUGCUACUUGAGCUCUGCCACAAAUUCAACACCAUCAUUCUCCUGAAAAUAGUUUGUACAAAACUAGGAGUUUUGCUCCAUGUUGAGUUCUAUCUUGGGGCCAACACCUGGCUGGACCUGGUCACUGGUGGGUUUUGAGCAUAGACUAGUGGUUCUUUAUAUUUUCUUAGGAAGUUAUUUCUUGAUUCUCCCAUCCCACUGACGUGUAUUCUAAUUACCUUGGUUGUUUUCAUGUCCAUAUCAACAACAUUUAACUGAUAAGGAGUAUUCAUCUCACCA